GGAGUACUUCGUAGACUACUUUGUAUAAGCAAUGGAUUGUUUGUUUUUCUAACUACGAGGUCUCCUUUUCUCUUUCCCUUCGCCCCAGUCUUCCUCUCCUAUCCAUUGCAUUGAUCCGAGCCCCUAUUAUCAAUUUGGAUUCAGUUCAAAAACAUAAUCGAAGUUUACUUUCAUGCGAUCAUCAGCCCAAUAUCGUAUGGAUCUGGAAAGAUCAAGGAUUCCGGUUGUAGGGUCAGGUACCUUAUUUACCUAGGUGUCGGUAUUCGGUCCGCAGAAACGGAAAGGCGGAGAAUGGCGGCAGAAUGAUAAUGCCUGCCGAGAUCCCAAGGAUUAGCUACGGCAGCAGAAACAAUCCGAUCUUUUCGGAAUCUGCAUUGUCACGCUGCGAUUAUGUUGGCAGCACCAUGGGUGUGUCGGAGCUGCGCGCGGUUUCUGAGGCGCGCCGGCGUUGCCCAGUUUCUUCGCAAAGCUAGCACAGCGACUCCAAUCGACCUUCCCCCGGCACUCUUAGAACGAGCUCGGAGACUCACCCUCGAGCACGACCAACUAAGCGCAGCACUGCAAAAAGACUAUGACCCAAAGACGGCGAAACGCGCGGGCGAGACCUCCAAGGUUGCCAACGCGCUCAAGCAAUUCGAAAAAGCAAAGGCAGCACUCAAGGAGCUCCAAGGGCUGCUGGAAUCAGACGAUGCGGAGAUGAGGGAGCUGGCCCAGGAUGAUCUUGCGGCUACAAAUGCGCAACUCGCAGAGUCGGGCCACAAUCUCUCAGCAGCCCUGACUCCCAAGCACCCGUUCGCCGAGAUGCCCUGCCUGCUCGAGAUAAGGCCUGGACCGGGCGGCACAGAGGGUCGCUUCUUCGCCGACAGCCUCUUUCACAUGUACCAGGCAUACUGCUCGAAUAAGGGAUGGCAGUCGCGGGUGGUAAAGUACGAAGCCGCGGACGGGGACGGCCAAAAAGGCAGCGAGGGCGAGAUCGCGCUGCAAGAAGCCGUUCUGGAGAUCCAGGAACCCGGCGCCUACGCGCACUUCCGCGGCGAGUCGGGUAUGCACCGCGUGCAGCGCGUACCCGCGACCGAGGCAAAAGGCCGUACUCACACCAGCGCUGUUGCCGUUUGGGUGCUCCCGUCCUUCCCGGAAAACGCAACGUCGAAUGCUGAGAGCGAGUGGGACAACCCGGAAAGCGAUUUCUACGUCGACCCGAACGAGGUGCGCAGCGAGAAGAUGCGGGCGAGCGGCGCCGGCGGGCAGCACGUCAAUAAGACCGAGUCGGCCAUCCGGUUAACGCAUAUCCCCACGGGUACGACGGUCAGCAUGCAAGAUUCGCGGUCGCAGCAGCGGAACCGCGAGGCGGCAUGGCGGCUGCUGCGAUCGCGGCUCGCGCAACAGCGCCGGGAAGCAAGGGAGGAGAUGGCGCGAAAGUUGCGCAGUAGUGUGCUUGCCCAGUCACAGAUCACGCGCGGCGACAAGAUCAGGACGUAUAACUACCAGCAGGAUCGUUGUACUGACCACCGCAGUGGGCUGGAUUUUCACAAUCUGCCGGACGUCCUUCGGGGCGGCGACACGUUGGGCAAGGUGAUAAACAGUGUGCAGAGCUAUCUGGUUAACAAGGACAUCCAGGACCUCAUUGCAGAGGAGGAGGCGGCGGAAGUGACUGCAAGGAGAGCGGGCAAGUAG